AUGGGGCCAGCGAUAUCGGCGGCUACGGCGCGCGUGCUUCUGUGCUUGGAGGAGAUGGGGGCGGAGUACCAGCUGGUGCCCGUGGACUUGUUUCACCCGCGAGCAAAAGUUCCCUCACCAUCUCGCCGGAAACGUAAGCGAAACCAAACCUUCCCCCGCGUGAAUCAACAGCAUGCAUGUCUCGAUCAUCGUCUCACCUUUACUCCCGCAUUUGCUAAUGCUUUUCGAGGAAAAAUCUUGAACUCAGAAUCAAGAGCUAUCUCGAGGUACGUGCAGCGAAAGUACAAAUCGUCAGGGCCGGACCUGCCGAGGGAGGGCAGCUUGGAGGAGUCGGCAAUGGUGGACUUUGGUUGGAAGUGAAUAUUAGC